CUCUGGAUUUCACUGCUCUCACACUCUCUCUCUCUCUCUCUCUCUCUCUCUCUCUCUCUCUCUCUCCUUCGAUACCAAAAACACAGAUUGAUCGACUAUCGAUUCUUGACUUUCAUAUUUCCAUUCUUCUCUCUCUGUCUCUCUAUCUCUUCAUGAUUCCCGCCAAUCUACAUCUUCCGUUUUGGAGGUUAUAAAACCCUAAUCUAUUUCGCUGUGUAUCUCUGUCCUUGACACUAAGAGAAUAGAAGAGGAACAAGGAUUCGGAUUUAUGUCCCUCAAUCAAUCUAGGUCUGAGAAGAGCGAGUCCCAGUUGAGGAAACCUGGUCGAUCCGGGAGCUCUGGUCAGCAGAAGAGUUUCUCAGCAGGAGGCGGGAGAGGCGGCGGUGGGACCGCCCCUCCACCAUCUCUUUCUUCGAACCGAAGCUAUAAGAAGUCUAGUAAUAAUGCACAAGGUGGACAAUCUAGGGUGAGCACCACAAGUGCGAAUUCAGAGUCCAAUGCUUCUGCUAAAAGUGCUGUACAGAAUGGUGCCAAUGUACAACUUCCAUUACAUGGAGUUUCUGAUGCACUGGCCUCACGAGUUCCCUCAACCAAGCCAACAGAUUCGGCCCCUUCGAGAAGUAUCAGACCUGCUCCAAAGGCUCCAGCAUCUCAAUCAGCUGUGGCAGCUCUGGAUUCGGCUGUGCCUGCUACACCCUCUAAAGCUGAUGCGUUAAAGGCAUUCCCUCUUCAGUUUGGGAGCUUCGGUCCCGCUUUUGUGAAUGGGAUGAUACCUCCACGGACUAGCUCAGCACCUCCAAAUUUGGAUGAGCAGAAAUGCGACCAGGCGCGGCAUGAUUCUUUUAAAUCUGUGCCUACGUUGCCAAUUCCUUCGGUCCCAAAGCAGCAGCAAUCAAGGAAAAAUGUGGGUACUGUUAACCAAGCAAAUUCUGCGGAUCCCCAACCUCCAUUGCAGGCUAAAAGGGAUGUUCAUGCCCAGGUUCCAUCUGGACCUCCCACCCCAGCAACACAGAAGUUGCCUGUCCAAACUGUAACUGGGAUGCCGACGCCAUUUCAGCAGCCACAGGUUUCUGUGCAAUUUGGUGCCCCCAAUGCACAGAUUCAGUCGCAGGCACCCACUUCCCUGCAAAUGCCGAUGCAGCUGCCUGUGGGAAAUGCUUCUCAAGUCCAGCAGCAGGUGUUUGUCUCAAGUCUCCAAUCUCAUCCAUUGCAGCCUCAGGGGAUGAUGCAUCAGGCCCAGAGCCUGAGCUUCCCACCUCAAUUGAGUCAUCAGCUCUCUCCUCAGUUGCAAAACCUGGGAGUUGGGAUUGCCCCACAGUUUGUGCAGCAGCAAGGUGGAAAGUUUGUUGGUCAUCGCAAACCUGUCAAAAUAACUCAUCCUGAGACUCAUGAAGAGUUGAGUUUCGAUAAAAGGACGGAUUCAUAUUUGGAUGGUGGGUCAUCGGGCUCAAGAUCACAUCCUAUUGUGCCACCACAAUCACAGCCGAUUCCAUUUACUCCUUCCCAUCAUAUAAACUACUAUUCUUCUAUUCAAGCAGGCUCUUAUAACCCUUCUUCCAUCUAUUUUCAGGGUCAAACUUCUCUUCCCCUGCCUACUAACCAGAUGACUCCUGGUUCUGCCUCAGCUAGGUAUAAUUUUCCAGGAAGCCAGGGUCCACAGACUGUCUCAUUUAUGAAUGCCUCCUCUCUUGGUCCAAUGUCUUCCAAGAUUGGGCCUCCAGUCCAUGGUGGUGCUGAGAUAUCUAAUUCAGAACAUGCCAAUGAUGCUCAUACACUAGUAUCUUCUUCUCCACUAACUGCAGUUCAUGUGGCACUUAAGCCAGCUUCUGGUUCAAUCGUGGAAAAGGUUGGAUCCUCUUUGGUGUCAAUUGAUUCACCUGCUGUGACCAAGGUUGAAUCAUCUAAAUUGGUAAGGCCACCUGGGGAAGCUAGCUCGAAUAUUGCACUGAAGGACUCUGACCCGGUUGGUGAUACCUCUGUUCAACCAUCAGGUUCUGUCUCUUUGCCUGCCUCAACUAAACACUGUGCUACUGCAUCUGUUAGAUCAGUGCAGAGGCCAGCAACCCCCAGUACUUCCACCACGACCGCUCUCCCUCCGGAGGAGUUGGUGUCUACUGCAUCCAACACUGAAGGCAGAAGGGGAGAGUCUUUCAGAAGAUCAGAUUCUAUCAAGGAUCAUCAGAAGAAGCCUAGUAACAAAGAUCAGCGACAUUCGCAACUUCCAAACCAGGCAGAUGCCUCUGAAUCUGCAGGUAGUGUCAAGUCAUCUUCAUUAAAUACUUCUGCAGAAGUUGCUAAACACUCUGACAUGAUGCCUCCUGCAGAGGUUGUUGCGUCAUCAACCUCUAUCUUGAGCUUGCCUUCUCGGAGUUUGGAACAUGGUAGUUCCUUGAAGGAUGGAAUAUUAGAAACUGUAGAAGGUAAAACAACUUCUGAUCCAUCAGAAACCUCAGGAAGUGCCUCAGAAUUUUUCCAGGAACCUGUAUCUGAUGUUAAUACAGGCAGUAACAAUUCUUCUGAAGUGUUGACAGAUAGUGUUUGGAUUGGGGAGGUGUUCACCUGUGAACCAUCAAGCACUUCUGUUGAUGGAACUGCCUCCGCUAUUUUGGAUGCUGCUGACAAUGUGAAACACGAUGGUUAUGCUGUUCGGGAACAGGGGAAAACUAACUUAUCUGAAGGGCCCGAAGAAGGUAAUAAUAAUGUUGAAAUGCCUGUAGGAUCCACUUUUUCUGGCUCUGUGAAAGUCAGUAAACAAUUUCAGGCUGAGGACUCCAAGGUCAAAGAAACAAUUGUUGGUGAUAAGGAGUCUCGGUCUGGUAAAAACGGACAGGAGUUGAACGAAGGUAUAGGUUCCAUCUCAGAGGUCAACAGAACAACUGAUAACUUAGUAAAAUCUGCUAUUACAUCCUCCGAUUCUGUUGCUGCUGAAAUCACAUCUUCGGACGUUGUUUCCCCUAUGGUUUCUCAUCAAGAUAAUUCUUCAUCCUUGGAUGCUUCCAUUGGAAGGGGUGAGAGCAUUGAUUGUCAAGAUCCAGUUGUUAUGGAAUCUGGUACCUCACAUCAGGAGGCAGCUAGUAAUACUAAUGGGGGGUCAGUUUUCAAUAAGGUGUCAGCUCUCAAGGAUAAGAACUUAGAAUCAAAUAGAGGAAAGAGUACAGCUGCAAAGCCGAAGAAGAAGAGGAAAGAAAUUCUUAAGAAUGCAGAUGCUGCUGGAGCUACUUCUGAUCUUUAUAACGCAUACAAGGGUCCAGAGGAAAAGGAAGAAGCUGCAGUUCAUCAAGAAAGUAUAGACAGCAGCUUCAGUGCUGAUGUGAAACAGGGACAUGCGGUUGAUACUGAGAAGGGUCUUGUCGCAGGCGAGGAAGAUGGGCAAAGUAAAGCUGAACCAGAUGAUUGGGAAGAUGCAGCUGAUAUUUCUACUCCGAAACUCAAGACCUCAGGUGAUGGAAAAUGGGUUCGUGGUGUUUUGGUGAAUCCUGAUGAUGAUGGAAAUGAAGUUAUGGGCAAAAAGAAGUACUCUAGAGAUUUUUUGCUGACUUUUUCGGAGCAAUGUACUGAUCUUCCAUUAGGUUUUGAAAAUGGAUCUGACAUAUUGGAUACCCUGAGGAGUGGUCCAUUCAAUGUAUCUAAUAGUGUCGAUCGUGAUUCAUAUCCACCUACGGGUAGAAUUAUAGAGAGGCCAAGUGGGGGUUCUCGGGUUGACCGCCGUGGGGGUGGUGUGGCUGAUGAUGAUAAAUGGAACAAAUCCCCUGGUCCUUUUGCUUCAGGACGAGACCUACGUCUUGAUAUCCCUCAUGGAGGUGCGUUUGUAGGUUUUCGUCCUGGUCAAGGUGGAAAUCAUGGUGUUCUUAGGGAUCCACGAGGACAACCUUCUCCCCAGUAUGUUGCUGGGAUUCUUGCUGGGCCAUCGUUUGCACCUCAGGGAGGGAUUCAGCGAAAUAACUCUGAUUCAGACCGGUGGCAACGUGCUACUGGUAUUCAGAAAGGUUUGAUCCCAUCACCUCAGACUCCUGCACAGAUGAUGCACAAAGCUGAGAAGAAGUAUGUAGUGGGAAAAGCUUCUGAUGAGGAAGAACGCAAGCAAAGGCAGCUGAAAGCUAUUCUCAAUAAGCUAACUCCUCAAAACUUUGAUAAGCUUUUUGAACAAGUCAAAGAAGUUAACAUUGACAAUGCUGGCACUCUUAGUGGGGUCAUCUCGCAGAUCUUUGAUAAAGCUCUUACUGAACCAACUUUCUGUGAAAUGUAUGCAAACUUUUGUUUCCAUCUUGCCACUGCAUUGCCUGAUUUUAAUGAGGACAAUGAGAAGAUCACCUUUAAGAGAUUGCUUCUGAAUAAGUGCCAGGAGGAAUUUGAGAGGGGGGAAAGGGAGCAGGCAGAAGCUAACAGAGAUGAAGAAGAAGGCGAAGUUAAAAUGUCUGAAGAGGAAAGAGAGGAGAAGAAGGUCCAGGCAAGAAGGCGAAUGCUGGGUAAUAUUCGAUUGAUUGGGGAAUUAUACAAGAAGAAGAUGUUGACUGAGAGAAUAAUGCAUGAAUGCAUUAAGAAGCUGUUGGGUCAGGAUUCACAAUAUCAGAAUCCUGACGAGGAAGAUAUUGAAGCUCUAUGCAAGCUAAUGAGCACAAUUGGGGAGAUAAUUGACCAUUCCAAAGCCAAGGUACAUUUGGAUGCUUAUUUUGAAAUGAUGAUGAAAUUAUCAAAUAACAUGAAGCUAUCUUCUAGAGUGAGGUUCAUGUUGAAAGAUGCCAUUGAUCUGAGGAAGAACAAAUGGCAACAAAGAAGAAAAGUUGAAGGGCCAAAAAAGAUUGAGGAAGUGCACAGAGAUGCUGCACAAGAACGGCAAGCUCAAACAAGUAGGCUGGCUCGUGGUUCAGGUAUUAAUUCCUCAGCAAGAAGGGGGCAACCAAUGGAUUUUGGUAUGAGAGGGUCAACCAUAUUGUCUUCUCCAAAUUCUCAGAUGGGUGGCUUCCGUGGGAUGCAGACACCGGUCCGUGGGUUUGGUGGUCAAGAUGCUAGAUUUGAUGAUCGACAUACUUAUGAGAGGACCCUGUCAGUUCCCCUACCUCAAAGGCAUAUUGAUGAUGAUUCUAUUACUCUUGGUCCUCAAGGUGGGCUUGCUAGGGGAAUGUCUAUCAGAGGGCAGCCAGUGGUUUCAACUAUUCCCAUGGCUGAUAUUUCUCCCAGCAUUGACUCCAGAAGAAUGACAGCUGGCCCAAAUGGUUAUAAUUCUGUAUCUGACUGGACACCUUAUAACUCGAGAGAAGAUCUUAUGCCAAGAUACGCCCCAGAAAGGUUCAUGCGUCCCACAGCUUAUGACCAAUCAAAUUCACAAGAACGCAAUUCCUAUUUUGGGAACCGGGAUAUAAGGAACACAGAUCGUUCACUUGAUAGGUCAGUGGAAAAUGCACCUGCCACACGUUUGCAGGGGUCUGCCAUGGCACAACAUGCUCCAUCAGAAAAAGUUUGGCCUGAAGAGCGUCUGCGAGAGAUGUCCAUAUCUGCAAUCAGAGAAUACUACAGUGCCAAAGACGAAAAAGAGGUUGCUUUAUGUAUCAAGGACUUGAAUUCUCCCAGCUUCCACCCAUCUAUGGUAUCUAUCUGGGUCACAGACUCUUUUGAGCGGAAGGAUAUGGACAGGGAUUCUUUGGCUAGGCUUCUUGUCAAUCUUACCAAGUCUCAAGAUAGCUCAUUACAUCAGAUGCAGCUCCUGAAAGGGUUUGAAUUAGUUCUUUCUACUUUGGAGGAUGCUGUAACUGAUGCCCCAAAAGCAGCAGAGUUUCUUGGCCUUAUCCUUGCCAAAGUUAUUGUUGAAAAUGUCGCAUCUUUGAGGGAGAUUGGUCGGCUAAUAUAUGAGGGUGGUGAAGAACCAGGACGUCUAUUACAAAUUGGCCUUGCUUCGGAAGUUCUUGGCAGCAUCCUUGAGAGCAUUAGAUUAGAGAAAGGAGAGUCUUUGUUGAAUGAGAUUUGUACAAGCUCCAAUCUGCGGUUGGAAGAUUUUAGAACCCCAGAUGCAAUUGGUUAUAGGAAGUUUGAUGCGUUUAUUUAGAGGAAUCUGUUGCUCAUUGUACCUGGUAAAAGAAAAUACAUGUCUAGGGUCUACAGGGUGCAUAAGUCUGCGGAGACGAAGUUUCUUUGGGAGUUGUGGAAUCCUGUGGCUCCCUCCAAAAUCUGGGUAUCAUGCCGUGUCAUAUUGUUAUUAUCAUUAUUGUUAUUGUUAUUAUUAUUAUUUCUUCAAUAUUACACUCCGAUUGCCAAGGUUCUAAUGAGCAUCUUAGUGGGUUUCAUCUAA